AUGUCCACAUCUCAACUCACGCAUCCACAUCGGCAUGGGCAGUCCGACGUGGCUUAUUACCCGUUCGCCCCCAUGUCACACUUCCACCAGCACCCCCUCUUUGUCAACCGCGACCCAACCUCGCCCAACCCAAGGCUGCAGCCCCAUGCCUUCACUCCACGGGUCGCCAGCCCCUUCCCUCUCCCCCAAGUCCCAUCCAGUCAACCCCCUCUGCCCAACCCUGCGCUUGAACCUCGCCCCGCCGUUCCCAGCACCCAAGGCAAGCAUGAACUUGCCCAAAGUAACUGCUACAGCCUGCAAGACGUCCUCCACGCCGAACUGGAUGCUCAAGAUGCCGCUCUUGACAAGGAAGAAUGGGACGGUGCCAUGUCAUAUGACUAUCAGGCCACGAAACACCAGGCCCGUGAAGCGAUACUCGUCCAGACCAAGGUCAACUCCAGUUAUCAGCAAAAGGUCAUCACUCGUACCCCUUUGGAGCAGCAUGCGUCGAAUACUACUCUCCACCGGGGCGCGGCAACCAUUACCGAGCGGGAACUCUGGACCAACCCUUUCGAUUUCAACCGCCAAUUCACCUUCCCCGGCGGCAAGAGCGAGGUCGGCCCCACUUCCAACCUCGAGAAAUACAACGACGACUAUCCUCCGGGAACGUACCUCUAUGGUCACGCUUAUGCCAAUGAUGAGGGCAACUAUCUCGCCCGUCAUCACGAAAAGGUCUUCGCCGGUAUGGCUGGCAUGACCCCACUGGACCUGAUCACGACCAACAACCUCCUUCACGAUCUCCAGGAAGCGCACGCCAUGGAACAAGUCCGCAUGUAUGACGAGCACACGUACCCUUGCAUCCAUUGCUCGUCAACUCGUGGUUCCAAGUAG